AUGUUCAGCAAGGUUACGCUUGCCCUGCUCGCUAUGAGCUGCACCGCUAUAGCCUACAAGGACAACUGCGACGGCUCCACCAACUCGCCCAACCUCAGCGACUGCUAUGUUGGCAUCGACAGAAUCGACGUGGGGGCCUUCUACAGCGAUGGCCAAGAGUUCUCCCAGGGUAGCUGCUUCAUCAAGUACGCAAUCAACAAAUCUGGUCCGUAUGCCGUAUCUGGUCAGACGAUCAAAGAUAAGGCGCUCUAUAUAUUAGCCCAUUGUGGACAUCAUCAUGGAAGCUAUGGGACAGGGAACUGUGAGAAGUGCCAUGUGACAGUCAACUAUCGGAACUAG